AUUUUGCGGCGGAGAAAAGAAAGAGAAAGAGAGCAGUUGAUCAUCGUCAUCCUCCUCCUAUAUACUAACGUUUUCUUCGUGAUUUGUAAUUCGGAAAUCUAGGUUAAUCUGGACCUCACAACAGAAACACCUUGCACGAUCUUUUUUGUUUCCUCUGACCCCAUUGAUCCAUCUCCAAGAGCCUAUCCGGUUUGAUUAUUUAUUUCUGUGAUUGUUUUCAUCACUUGGGUCAACUCCAUUUCCAGCAAUAAGAGUGAUUCGAUCUUGGAUUUGGACUGUCUCCAGACAUUGACGUACGUACACCCUUCUCUGUGACAGUUCCUCGAACAUUCUUCGAUAAAUGGCGGCCAUGGGUUCACUUCCAUACGUGAUUAACACAGCGGUAGAGAGAUCCUUGCUGAAAAAUGAAAAUCGGAGGAGAUUAAGGGUGUAUUCUUUUGCUCGUGGCCCGAGAAACCCACUUGACAAUGUGGGUUCAAGUGAUUUACGAUUUGGGGAUGCCAAAGAAGAUGUGGGUGGAGGAGCUUCACUUUCUUUAUGCUGCACUAGAUUGUUCAGUAAAUGCAGUAGGACAAACAAUUGCUUGAUCGUGAAAGCGAUGGGCAAAAAUUCUGAGCAGGCUGAGGACAGUGAUAAAGUAGAAGACGCUUUCGAAGCCAAAAUUGAGAAGAGUAUGAAGGUUUUAGCCAUGCAGAGGGACUUACUUCAGCAGAUUGCAGAAAAGAGGAAACGAAUUUCAUCCAUGACAAGUACUGACACUAACCCAGCAGCAGAAGAAGAAGAAGAGGAGGAAAAAGAAGAAGAAGAAGAACAAGAGGUAAUUCCCUCUGAAGAGUUGCCUCCUUUUGCUUCGACUGUUUUCAGUCAAAUUGAAACAAGGAAAAGUGUUAGAGAAUGGGCUACAUCAAAGGUGGUAGUUGAGGAGACAAAGGAAAAUACCCGUAAAGAGAUAGAUGUCACACUUGUCGCACACGACGAGACUCAGUCUCCAUUGUCAAUAGCAGGUGGACUUGGAAAUGUCCUGCUGAAAGAGACUCUAGGAAAAUCAAACGAAAAUGCUUCACAGGAUGUUCUCGCUAGAAAACCACCAAGUAUUCUCACAAAAGAAGAAACUAAGGAAAGCGCAGGAGAAUCAAUGCUGUCAAAUGGACAUGUGGCUAAAGAGGAAGACCUGAAGCCGCCCCCCCUUCCUUUGGCUGGGACCAAUGUCAUGAAUAUCAUACUCGUGGCUGCUGAAUGUACUCCUUGGGUCAAAACAGGUGGACUUGGAGACGUUGCAGGAGCCUUACCAAAGGCUUUAGCUAGACGUGGACACAGGGUUAUGGUCGUGGUACCUCGAUAUGCAAACUAUGCCGAGCCUCAAGAUACCAGAGUGAGGAAGGUCUACAGAGUAGAUGGACAGGAUAUGGAAGUGACCUACUUCCAGACGUACAUUGAUGGUGUUGAUUUUGUUUUCAUCGACAGUCCGAUGUUUCAGCACUUGGAAAAGAACAUAUAUGGAGGAAACCGUCUGGACAUCUUGAAACGUAUGGUUUUAUUCUGCAAAGCCGCUAUUGAGGUUCCUUGGCAUGUUCCUUGUGGAGGCGUUUGUUAUGGAGAUGGAAAUCUAGUUUUCAUCGCUAAUGACUGGCACACUGCAUUGUUACCGGUUUACCUCAAGGCCUAUUAUCGCGACAAUGGCCUAAUGAAGUAUACAAGAUGUGCCAUCGUCAUUCAUAACAUAGCCCAUCAGGGCCGUGGACCGAUGAAUGAAUUUCGAUAUUUAGACCUUCCUCCAAACUAUUUGGAUCUGUUUAAACUGUAUGAUCCACUUGGAGGAGAACACAUGAAUAUCUUUGCAGCCGGUUUGAAGACAGCUGACAGGAUUGUUACGGUCAGCCACGGAUAUGUUUGGGAGAUAAAAACACCGGAAGGCGGUUGGGGACUAAACCAAAUUAUAAAUGAAAACGACUGGAAAUUAAAGGGGAUUGUAAAUGGGAUCGACACGAAAGAGUGGAAUCCAGAAUUAGACGUGUAUCUGAAGAGCGACGGUUACACCAACUACUCGUUGGAAACUGUGAAGACUGGUAAACCGCAGUGUAAGGCAGCAUUACAGAAGGAGCUCGGUUUGCCCAUUCGUGAAGAAAUCCCUUUGAUCGGUUUCAUAGGUAGGCUCGAUCAGCAGAAAGGAGUGGAUCUGAUAGCGGAAGCAAUUCCGUGGAUGGUUGGUCAGAAUGUUCAGUUAGUUAUGCUGGGAACAGGAAGACCCGAUUUGGAACAGAUGCUGAGGAAGUUCGAGUCUCAGCACAAAGACAAUGUGCGAGGAUGGGUGGGAUUCUCCGUCCAGACGGCCCAUCGAAUUACUGCGGGGGCUGACAUUCUACUCAUGCCUUCAAGAUUCGAGCCGUGUGGAUUGAACCAGCUGUAUGCCAUGAAGUAUGGAACGGUUCCUGUUGUUCACAGUGUUGGAGGUUUGCGGGACACUGUUGAACCGUUUGAUCCAUUUAACGAGAGUGGAGUCGGAUGGACUUUCGAUAGAGCAGAAACAGGGAAACUUAUUGAUGCUUUAGGAAACUGUUUACUUACUUACAGAGAGUAUAAGCAGAGUUGGGAGGGAUUACAAAAGAGAGGGAUGAUUCAAGAUCUAAGCUGGGAUCAUGCUGCAGAGUGUUAUGAGAAAGUCCUUAUAGAUGCAAAGUACCAUUGGUGAUCUUAAUAUGUAGAAAUUUAGUCAAGGAUGUUUCUGUCAUCAUAUAGGAAUUGCAAUAAUAUGUAGUUUCUUGUCCUUCUUUCAAAGGUG